AUGCUCGCCCAUAUCCCCCCAGAAAUCCUCUCCCACAUUGCAUUCCACCUCGCCCUCGCCAGCCCCGACACCCUCCUCGCCACCCCCAACGUCCCGCUCCUCCAGACAUGCCGCGCCGUGGCCGACACACUCGCCCCGAGCCGCAACUACAGGCUGUAUGCCAGGAUAUACCGUGCAUGCUUCGAUACAGACGCGGCAGAGCGCCGCAUGGGCAGCGGAUACGAUGCAGGGCCAGCGGGCGCCCGGUACAAGAAGCUGACUGUGGAUGGGGGCAAGAAAAUACAGGCGCAAGGAAUGGUCGCAGAGCUUCAGAAGCGACUCGGGUCUCUAGCGAGGUUGCGAAGGAUGGUGCAGCAAGGAGAUGUACGGGAUGUAGUGGACAGUGACCUCUGGGUGCUCUACUUUAUGCUCAUUGAAAACGAUGGCAAGAAUAUAGACCUUCUUUUCGGGCCUACCGCCCUUGUAGACCUCGAACGGUUUCUGGAGCUAUACCAUGAGCAGCACCUUCUUGAGGCUGCCGUGGCCCCCGGAUAUCCAGAAGAGACAGUCGGCAGAAGCCUCGCCAUGUGGAUGAUCUGGUUUGUCGCCGGCUCUGGGCCAUCGGACGAGACGGAAGAGCAAAGGGAAGAGCGCCAGUUCGUCUUGCGUCCCUAUGUCUUUGCAGCUCCACGCUACGAUGCGUACUUUGCACCCUGGACUCUGCCAUCGCUUCCCAUCUCACCUGAAUCCGCGGCACUUUUGUCUGAAGACCUUGGGGGAUCAAAUCCAUAUGUCGCCGACCUUGUCCCUCGCUCAAGGCUCGAGGUCAUACAGGCAUACGGGAGAGACGUCAGGAUAUGUGCACCUCAUAUCAGCCAUGCAGCCAUCGCGAGAUUCUUCUAUAGAAGACUUGGCGAAGAAAUCGAGGAGAGCAAGACCAACGUGGUCGUCGCGCCGUUCAUGUCGCUUCUAGGAGAGGCCAGUAGAACGGCAUCGACGAGUACCACCCCUGCUGGUCCCACCCCCGCUGGCCCUACUCCGACAGGGCCUUCACCUGCUUCCACUGCGCCCCAGACACCUCUUCUUGCUCCCUUUGGAGCACCCUCCACUCGCAUGCCCCUCCUCACCUCUUCCGCCGCCCACGAUGCCGAGUUCUACCGCCUCUCGCUCUGCUACGACCCCACCCGUACCCCGGGUAUGCCUCGCCCUGCAUGGAGGGGAACAUUUGAAGGGUGCUGGGAAGGGACAUUCAGCUUCUUUGACUUUGAAGCUUUCAAAGAGAUGUUGAGUGGGCAGGCGAGGGCGCUGUAUGAAGGGCCGUAUGGCGAGCAGGCGCAGGUGUGGAAAAUCAAGGAGACAUGGGUCAGGAGGGAAGGGUGGGUCAGGAAAGAGGCGGUAGACAAGGGGAAGGGGAAGGCGAAGGCGAAGGGAGAGGAAAGGGAGGUAGAAGAACCGCAAUCGCCCAAUACUGCCGUGUCCGGCCCUAUGCUCAAUGCUGGCUUUCCUUCUGAUCAGGUGUCACCUACCUUUCCGUCGCUUGCUCCUUUUGCCGCUGAACAAGUGACGGUCCAGGAGACCAUUCAGCAGCAACUGGAGGCGAUGAAUGGAUAUGAGCAGGUACCGGAGCACGAGCUGGACGAGAUGAUGGGGGCAGACGACGGCGGUGAGGAAGCGGAUCUGGAACUGCUUUUGACUGGAGUCGGACAUAGUGCAUGGGGAAACUUUAUCCUGAAGGGCAGAGUCAGGGCUUGGGACGGUAUGGCGUCGCUGGUCAAGGAGUAUGCUCCCGACUCUCGGGGUAAAUGGAUAUACAGAGGCUAUGUAAUGGCUGGCAGCAUUUUUGUUGGUCGGUGGAGAGACACCUACACGCCAGAGUCGUAUGUUGGGUAUGAAGGGACCUUCAUACUGAACCGGAGGUAG